GUCCAGAGGAAGUUAAAAUAAAGUAUGGAGUGACGGAGAGAAAACAACGAAACAUUGGACUAUUACAAACAAUACAUGAAAAAAGGGAGGAAAAAGUUAAAGGUAUGUACCAAAGCUCUAAAAAUAUUUCCAAAUUUCCCUCUUCUUUAUUUAGUAGAAAUUCCUAAAGAUAACCUUACUUUACAGACUUAUUUUUAAAUUUAAUAAAUUUGGGAAUUUUAUUUACAGAAAAACCGAAAUCACAAUCUAAAGAGGUGUCCGCAUUCAUGGAUAAAAUGACACCUGAACAAAAAGUAAAAGCCGAUGAACUGCUUAGCCGGGCUAUCUAUUCAAGUCAAGCACCACUGGCUUUAGUAGAAAAUAUACAGUGGCAGAAGUUGUUUAAAUUUCUCAGACCUGCUUAUCAGAUACCAACCCGACACCUUGUAUCAGGCCCACUAUUAGACAGUGAGCACCUACGUGUAAAGGCUAUGGUUUCGGAAAACAUUGCUGGAGCACAUUCUGUUGGACUAAUGGUGGAUGGAUGGUCCAAUAUUAGGAACGAGGCUGUCCUAAACUUUGUUGUAACAACUCCAAAGCCAUUCCUUUUUAAAAUUAUGCCCACAGGCACUGCACCUCAUACUGCAGAAUAUAUGGCAAAAACCCUUGGUGCAGUAAUACGUGAAAUCGGUCCCCGAAAGGUAUUUGGUAUAGUCACAGACAAUGCAGCAAACAUGAAAGCUGCUUGGGCCUUGAUUGAAAAUGAUUUUGAUAAUAACAUUUUUACCUAUGGAUGCUUUGCUCAUUCUCUUAAUUUAAUAUUUACCGAUCUCAAAAAUUUAACAAGUCUGAAAUCGUUUACUGCCGAGGCUGUUGCCCUUACAAAGGCCAUCCGACAAAGCCACAUAUUAUCUGCGUGGGUAAAGGAAAAACAAAACGAAUUAAAAAUAAGUUGCAGUCUUAAACUCCCAGUGCCUACCAGAUGGGGAUCAUUAGUUCUUUGUCUACAAUCAUUGCUUGCUAACAAACAAAUAAUAAAAAGGAUGGCUAUCAAUGAAGAAGUUGAAAAGGCAGUAAGCAAACACCCAUCUUUAAAAAAAAUGCUCUAAGCGAUAUAUUUUGGGACCGGGUACAAGGAUACAUUAUGCUUCUGGAACCAAUUGCUAACACAAUUAC